AUGGAAGAGCUUAGUUCAUUUGCUAAUUGGAUAGUUGCAAUUGGUGAUGGCGACAUCGGUGGCACAAAUGAUGGUCAUGUGGAUGUCCAAAUUCCCAAAAAACAUGUGCUUAAACCAGAUUGUGAUCCUAUUAAAGCUAUUGUUAAAAGUACAUUCCCUAUGUUUCAAGAAAAUCAAAACAACGGGGAUUAUCUAAUUGGUCGAGCAAUUUUAGCGCCAACACUCGAGGUUGUUGAUGAAGUUAAUGACUACAUGAGUACUUUGAAUGAUGCUACAUCUAGAACCUAUCUUAGCUCCGAUUCGGUAUGCCCCACUGAAAACACGUCCGAUACGGUAGCUGCAUUGCAUACUCCAAAAUUGUUAAAUGUCCUGAAAUGCUCGGGAUUGCCAAACCAUUCGCGCACUCUUAAAGUUGGAUCUCCAGUCAUGCUACUGCGAAACAUAGACCAUUCAGCUGGCCUUUGCAAUGGGACAAGAUUAAUUAUUUCUGAAUUGGCAGAUCAUGUUGUUCAAGCCAAGAUUCUUUUUGGUAGUAAUGCAGGUGAACAAGUCUUGAUUCCACGAUUGUCUCUUACACCAUCAGAUACUAGGCUACCAUUUAAAUUCCAACGAAGGCAAUUCCCACUUAUGUUUUCUUAUGCUAUUACAAUAAACAAGAGUCAAGGUCAAACAUUAUCUACAGUUGGACUUUUGUUGAAAAAACCAGUCUUUGUUCACGGGCAAUUAUAUGUUGCUUUGUCUAGGGUUAGUAAUCCGAAUGGUCUUAAGUUACUUAUUUGUAGCGACAAUGGAGAGUAUGUUUCUUCAACGUCGAAUGUUGUAUACAAAAAGGUCUUUAACAAUUUAUAA